AUGGGAGCUGGAGCAGUAAUAGAGCCUCUGGUGGUUAUUGUUCUCUUAUUCGGAGGUACCUGGAUCAACCGCUCUGUCAGAUCAUCCUCGACUCGGCGUUACAAUCGACGGAACUCGAAUGAUAUUCGACGGGCUUCAUCUGAUUCUUUGGAGUCAGGAUACUCAAGCCAAUCGACAAAGGAUGGCCUGCUGCGCUCUCGGUCCCACUCACCACAAGACGCGGAAGCCCCGGAAGAUAGAUGGCACAAGCGACAGGUUGGACUCCUGGGUUUGACUUUUGAGGUGUCAUCGCCGAAUACUAUUGUGUUCCAAGACCGUUUCCUUAGUCGGUUGCUUCGGAGAUUUCCUUUCUUGGUGGAAUGUUGGUAUUGGGCUUUGGUUUACUGGACGUACCAGCUUGGUCGUGCUUUUACUGCUGUGACUCUCAAGGAUGACACUGUCGACGUCGCGAGGAGACAUGCAUUGCAACUAAUCGUGAUUGAAGAGAAGCUGGGCAUGUUCUGGGAGACCUUGAUUCAAAGACGCUUCCUUCGCAACCCUCUUGUCAUGCCUUGGAUCAAUUGGAUAUAUUCCUUUAUACACAUUCCCGGGACAAUAGCGUUUCUCGUCUGGCUCUAUUACUAUACUACCGUGCGGAAUCGGAUCGAUGAAGACCAGCCCGGAAAACCCAAGGGUACCGUGAGCGGGUCUCCUGCAGGUCCUCUUCUAUACCAGGCACGCCGGCGGACUUUGGCCGUGUGCAAUCUUCUCGCAUUUGUGGUUUUCACUAUUUGGCCUUGCAUGCCGCCUCGAUUACUGAGCGACACAACCGUGGAUGGCGAGGAGGCAGAUCUGGCCCGCAGUUAUGGGUUCGUGGAUACCGUACAUGGUAUCAAUGGAUCAGGCAGUGUUUGGACAGAAAACCGCUUCUCGGCAAUGCCUUCCUUACAUUUUGGCUACUCUUUAAUGAUCGGUCUCACAUUGAUAACAAUCCCUUUGCCACAGCACCACCGGCGCACAGCCCUGCGUACUCGGCUGACCCGUGCCCUAAGACUAAACCUCCCAUCAUGGCGCCGCCUUGUUUGCGUCACACUCGGCUUUCUAUAUCCAUUUACCAUCCUUGUGGCAAUUGUUGCUACCGCCAACCAUUUCAUUCUGGAUGCUGUCGCGGGAGCUGUUGUAUGUGCCCUGGGUUGGUAUUUUAAUAGGGUGUUGCUUAAUCUGUUACCGUUGGAAGACUACUUCCUUUGCCUUGUCCGGAUCCAUAAGCCGGAACCGUCACUUCUCAAUGUCCCCGAAGAGGAUUACCCCGCGAGUGAAAGUGCAUCAGAACAUGCUGUCAUAUGA